CAUUACAGUAGCUGUGGUGUUUGUAAUGGAUUCAGUGGUGGUCUGAGACUGACUCUGCCCUGCCUGACCAUGACCACUGGUCAUUACAGUAGCUGUGGUGUUUGUAAUGGAUUCAGUGGUGGUCUGAGACUGACUCUGCCCUGCCUGACCAUGACCACUGGUCAUUACAGUAGCUGUGGUGUUUGUGUUGGAUUCAGUGUUGGCCUGAGACUGACCCUGCUCUGUCUGAUCAUCACCACUGGUCAUUACAGUAGUUGUGGUGUUUGUGUUGGAUUCAGUGAUGGUCUGAGACUGACUCUGCCCCGUCUGAUCAUCACCACUGGUCAUUACAGUAGCUGUGGUGUUUGUAAUGGAUUCGGUGAUGGCCUGAGACUGACUCUGCCCUGUCUGAUCAUCACCACUGGUCAUUACAGUAGCUGUGGUGUUUGUAAUGGAUUCAGUGAUGGCCUGAGACUGACUCUGCCCUGUCUGAUCAUCACCACUGGUCAUUACAGUAGCUGUGGUGUUUGUAAUGGAUUCAGUGAUGGCCUGAGACUGAUCCAGUCCUGUCUUACCGAAAUUGUUUUCAAUAUCUUAAUACUGGUAAUAAUGGUCACUGGCCAUUACAGUAGCUGUGGUGUUUGUGUUGCAUUCAGUAAUGGCCCGAGACUGAGCCUGCCCUGUCUGAUCAUGACCACUGGCCAUUACAGUAGCUGUUGUGUUUGUGUUGGAUUCAGUGAUGGCCUGAGACUGACCCUGCCUUGUCUG